AUGCUCAAGGGGGAGUCGAGUCUCGGCUCACUGGACACCGUAUCUAUCUCUGUGGGUGUUGUCGAUGAGGUGUCCGAGGAGGCGGUAGCGGAGAAGCAGGCCGGCCCAGCUUCUGCUUUUUGGGUCAUUUUUAGACGGAGACCCGCAGCCGAAAAAACGCAAGAGGCAAGGGGCACAAGGGGGAGGGCGCUGGCGGAGACGGACGUCCUCGGCCUCAGGCAAGGACCAAAAACUGGGUCGGGCUUCCGCCUUUUUGGCCACGGGAGGAGGGACGACUCGAGAAUCAGCCCAGGGAGUCUUGGGCACAAAGUGUAUGCUGGCAGCCGAGGAACUAUGGGCUGUGUAUGUUUGUGUGCGCGGCCGUGUCUUGGUUGGCCCGGCAAGGACUGUCCAGUCCACCGGAAGGAUGCUCUCUUGCAGCCGGCAGCCUGCUUGUGCCGUGCUGCCCUGUACCGGUGCUGUUUAGUGCCAGAGUCCGUUCGCAUAUUCACCCUCGACUAUACCGAUCUCUGA